AUUGCGUGGUUUGUAUGUAAAUCGGUAUCGCACGGACCGAGGCUGGAAACACACUCGGGCUCCCUCCAUCUCUCUCGGAAAUGGCCUUCUCCGCCUCCUGCUCGUUCGGAUGCCCAUCCCCACAACGCUCAGUCUCCAUAAAGAGCCCUGCAGCGGCAACCUGCUGCACUUCAUCUCUCCACAUCGCGCGAUUUCAGCUUCAAAUUUACCCCCGUUUUCCACCCUUACCGGCAUUCUCCUUGUGUCGCCAGCGAAGGCAGCGCGCCAGCGUGACCGUGGGGGCGGAGGAGGAAGCCAAAGGUUCUUUCCCUCUUCAGCGAGGGAAAACUGCUGUCGGCGGUGGAGAGUACAAGGAGCUCAUGGAUGGUUCUGGAGUAUGUGAUCCCCUCUGUUCGGUUGAUGAAGUAAGCUCGCAGGAUUUCAAAGCUAAUUACCAGCCCAAGCCUGAUCUACUAAAAGCUCUUACCAUUCUUAUAUUGGCUCUGGCAGGGGCCACUGCUAUUAAUCAUUCCUGGGUGGCUGCAAAUCAGGAUACUGCCAUGGCUUUGGCGUUUGUGCUAGGUUAUGCAGGCAUAAUUUUUGAAGAAUCUUUAGCAUUCAACAAAAGUGGAGUAGGAUUAUUGAUGGCUGUGUGCUUGUGGGUUAUCAGAAGUAUUGGGGCUCCUUCAACAGAUAUUGCUAUUACUGAAUUGACAAGAGCAACUGCUGAAGUGAGUGAAAUUGUAUUUUUCUUGCUUGGUGCAAUGACUAUAGUGGAAAUUAUUGAUGCACAUCAAGGUUUUAAGUUGGUUACUGACAACAUUGCAACACGAAAUCCUCGAAUCUUGCUUUGGGUGGUAGGUUUUGUUACUUUCUUCCUUAGUUCUGUUCUUGACAAUCUAACCUCAACAAUUGUUAUGGUCUCUCUUUUGCGGAAAUUAGUUCCUCCGUCGGAAUAUAGAAGAAUUUUAGGAGCUGUUGUUGUGAUAGCAGCAAAUGCUGGAGGUUCCUGGACACCGAUUGGUGAUGUCACAACAACCAUGCUUUGGAUUCAUGGACAGAUAUCUUCUUUAGCAACAAUAAAGGCCCUGUUUAUUCCGUCUGCUGUAUCAUUAGCUGUGCCAUUAGCACUGUUGUGUCUCACAAGCGAAGUUAAUGAUGCAAGUGGGCAACAUUCUACUGCACUGGGGUUGGAAAAAAUGGCUCCAAGAGGACAGCUUAUUUUUGCAGUAGGAGUGGGGGCUUUACUCUUCGUUCCUGUGUUCAAAGCUGUAACUGGGCUUCCACCUUUCAUGGGUGCUCUUCUUGGUCUGGGAGUUCUAUGGAUCUUGACUGAUGCAAUUCACUAUGGGGAUGAUGAAAGGCAGAAGUUGAAGGUGCCACAGGCUUUAUCACGCAUCGAUACACAAGGAGUUCUGUUUUUCUUGGGAAUACUCUUGUCCGUGAGCAGCUUGGAGGCUGCUGGAAUACUGAGGGAGCUGGCUAAUUACCUUGAUGUGCAUAUACCAAGUGCGCAAUUGAUUGCUAUUGCAAUAGGAGUGGUUUCAGCUGUUAUCGACAACGUUCCUAUCGUCGCCGCAACAAUGGGAAUGUACGACCUUACUUCUUUCCCUCGAGAUGCUGAUUUUUGGCAGCUUGUUGCCUUUUGUGCGGGUACCGGAGGUUCAAUGCUUAUUAUUGGAUCUGCGGCCGGAGUUGCAUUUAUGGGAAUGGAGAAGGUGGAUUUCUUUUGGUAUCUUCGCAAGGUAAGCGGCUUUGCUUUUGCUGGUUUUACUGCUGGAAUUGCAGCAUAUUUGGUCGGCCAAAGUCUGCAUUUCUCUCUUCCUGAUUCCUUGCCUGCGAUCCCUUUUGUCUCAGGAUCAUAAAUAUAGGCUUCAAUGCAAGAGGUAAAUUAUAACCCUUUCCACUACGUUACCUUAUUAGUUAGAAUUAAUUAAGGGGUGAGGAUUACAAUCAUGUUUAUUAUUAUCAUGCUGCAAUU